AUGGGCAGCUCUUUGUCUACUCCCCAACAGGAAUUUUUAAAAGACUUAAAAUUUCUCCUCUCCUCCAACAAAUUGGAAGUUCCGGAGGGUGAUUUGAUACAGCUCAUUCUGGCCAUCGAAGAGCAUUCCCCCUGGUUUCCUGCAGAUGGGACUUGGGAAUUAAAACUUUGGGACAAGAUUGGGGCACAUUUUCAUGGGCACCCCAGCAUAAGUGUUCGGAUUCUAAAUGCAUGGUGCAAGGUUCGUUACGCCAUGGACUCUUUAUCACCAAAAAAUAUAUCCAUGGCUGCAUUGCCAACACAACCUUCAGCUUCUUUAAUUCAGCCUGCUGUGUUAGAGUCUGUUCCAAUACUUGCUUUGCCAGCAGCCCCAGACCCCAAACCUCCGGACUACAGUUCCUCACCUGAGGACCCAAUCCUGCAAAAAUACCAUGGUCUGGCUGGCAAUGAUCCUGCUCUUUCAGCGGCAGAACCAGAACCAGAACCUUUUCAACGUGCAGUCCUUGGCUGUUCCUUAAUUCAGGAUACUAUGGCAUUCCCUGUUAUUGUGCCCCCUGCUGGUACCCCGGCAGGCGCCCAAGCCCAACACCAACCUUUUGACUUUAAGAUUUUGAAAGAGCUGCAACAGUCAGUAAAGGCCAAUGGACUCCAAGCCCCAUAUACGCAGGCGCUUUUAGAAGCCACAUUAGCCCAGCCCUUGGUUCCAGAGGACAUCAAGCUUUUGGCUCAUACAGUGUUACCCCCAUCAGCUGGUGUUUUGUUUGCCCACGAAUGGGAAACUGCCUGCCGUGCUUAUGCUCCAGCCUUGUUACAACAAGUCAGAGGAAAUAAUCCAAAUGUUACCCUCGCAGACGUCACAGAUGCCAUGAUGGGGCGUGGUCCCUUCGUUCAAGCUUCAGUGCAAGCCACACUGCUGCAAUUCUUAUUGAGGGACACUGCUCUUGCUGCUAAACAAGCAAUGAGAAAAAUCCCAGAACCCAGUAUUCAAUCAAGGUGGGGUUCAAUCAGGCAAGAGGCAAGAGAAUCAUAUUCUUCCUUUAUGGAUAGACUGCUUACAGCAGUGAGUCGCCAAAUUGAAAAUCCUGAAGCCAAACAAAUAAUUAUCAAACAACUGGCCUUUGAAAAUGCCAAUGAGGAUUGUAAACUUGCGUUACGACCAAUAAUACACAAUCCUGCCACAGACACAGCAGCCAUGCUUCGCAUUUGUCAGUCUGUAGGUACAGCCACCCACAAGGCUCAUCUGCUGGCAGCAGCGCUAAAUGAAAACCAGCCUGUAGCCACCGAUACAACUUGUUUCCAGUGUGGCAAACCAGGAUCACCAAUACCCCAGUGGGGGUAG